CUGACAACUACUUUUUACCACAACACCAACAAUAACAAGCAUCCCAAGAAACAGCAAACAUCCCAGAGCACUAAUCCACACCAGAAGACCAGAAUCAUUUAGAGGCUUCGUUGGAAAUGUUCUCUCAGCCUGGCCAAAUAUACCGACUGAUAUCAGUAAACACUGAGUCAUUAAUACCCAAUGAAAGGUCUCCUCUUCUGGGGUUCCCGUGGAGCCAAAAUCGCUUCGGUGAUCUUGGAUCGGAGCAGUGAUCUUGCUGGCGUAAGUAUUUUGUUGUGGGUGUUUGAAGACACAUGGGAGAAUCACAUUUUGACCCAUAGAGCCUCGGACCUCGGGUUGAAGAACUACAUCCCAGUCUACGCUUGUUAAACCUGCAGAUGAAAACAGAUCAUUGUUAUUUGAAGUUCAGGAAGGAAAGCAAGCCGAGUAGAAAUUCUUGCAUCUUCAGAUAAAAUGUUACAGGACCAGACAGACAGGAACUCUAUAAUGAAAUCAUUAUAGGGAACAUGUGGCUAGGAGAUUUUUUAUAUCCUGAACCAUAAAUGCAGACAGUUUUCAGAAUUAGCAGACAUGCAGCGCUUCGGUGGACCUCGUUACCUAAUACUACUUAUUUUCACUGCAGCCACAGCCAAAGACGAUGACGGGUGGUCCAUGAAGGUCCCAACAGAGGUCAGGGCGAUUGAAGGGUACCCGAUAGUGCUCCCUUGCUCUUUUACUCACCCGCACCACACCCAUCCCUUCUCCAUGCAUGUGGUGUGGACCCUUGGCCACGGACGGGCAGCCACUGUGCUGUUCCAAUGUACAAGCCUCAACAACAGCCAGAAGUGCCAGUCAAAGCCCGACCAGGACCAGCACUACCGCCUGGAGGGCAACCAUAGAGAACAUGACCUCUCUCUCAGGAUCAACAGCGUGAACUUGAAGGACAGUGGCCGAUAUUAUUGUCGCGUGGAGUUACCAGGAACCCAUGGGCACCCUCAUGAAAGAUUUGAGAACACACUGGGUACCCGUCUCCAUGUGGAGGCCGCACCUCGUAUCCUGAGCUUGUGGACCGAAGGUACCGAAGCAUCUGGCAUCAAAGUCCUUUGUCAAGUUCAGGGCUCCCCUCUUCCUGAUGUUCAGUGGAUAGCUCCAGACGGAUUCCUCAAAGACGACACAACAUUCCCUCUUUCUCACGAGGCUGACGGACGAUACCGCACAUCAAGUGAACUUCUGGAUGUCAAACCUGGGGGACAGUACACCUGCGCAGCUUCAAACUCUUUGGGAAAGGUUCAAGCAACGGUUUACAUUUUGCCUUCUAUGACAGAGAGGUCAACCACAAACAACUCAUCUCUUAUAAUGUUGCUGCUCGCCCUGGCUUUGGGUACGAAGCUAAUUCUAGCCCUGGGUGUAGGAGUGUGGGUGAUCAAGAAGAGUUUUAGGCAUAGAAAUAAUGGCGUUUCUGACUGAAAAACAAGCUUGACAGUACACAUAAGGUAAUUUCAAGGUAUUUUCUCAUGUCUCUUCUGAAAAAACAUGUCAUAAAAACUUCCUCUUUUGAGGUGAAGAGUGUUGUCUGUGACUUAUCUUUUGUUGUUUGGCAUGGACUCAACAAGAUAUAAAGAAUUAUUAAUAUUAUUAGCCCAAAUGUAUCAAUUGUAUCACUUUUUUCCAAUGCAAUUACAAUUAGUUUUCACUUCUCAAGU